AUGAUGGAGGAGCCGCCUGGGACAUUGCCGUCGAUGGCGCUUAUGAUUCAAGGGGCCAUAGUGAGAACUCUGCAAGGUUUUAGCGGUGGACCUCAAGACCAGACUCUGCAUUUACUCGAAAGUAGUGAAUCGUUUCGAGACAGGUCAAAUCAGUCAGAGAAUGGAAAAAGAAAGCUUCCGCAGGAUGCUGCGGUGGUUGCAUUCGAGAGCACUCUACCCCAUCCGGUCGAGUUCGGUGAGAAGAUCGAAUGGAAGUUGGAUAGAUGGCAUCUGGCCAGAUAUCUAGACAAAAACCUUCGCGCGGCCGCAAAGAAAAAAGAUUACGCGGUAAUCAAAAGCUGGAUAAAGCCUAUAAAGAAGCACCUAUAUUUUGCAAUAGAACAAGGUGCACUGGCCAAUGACAGCAGACCGGCAGCGACCUACUCCAUCUAUGCGCACAUGUCCACCAUGCAUUUGAAUGCACUCACACAGGCAGAGCUGAGUGGAGAAAGGGUGCUCGAAAGAGUUGACGAAGUCCGCCGCAAAUGCAAUGGAGGGGAGACGACACAGCUCAAGCACAAGAGCGCUGUAGAACAAUUUGGCGAAAGUAAAUCGUUGCGGCCUUCAUCAUUCGCCGUUCGCAGAUACGGAUCAGAGUUUCUCAAACGGCGCCGAGAUAUAGCGACAACUUCACAAAUGCUGUUUGGUUCACAUCAUUCCGUAAGCUUUGAGAUAGUAGCUAGCGAUGAUCAACGGCUUCUUGUCAGUCGCUUAUCUAUGAUACCACGAUUGAGCUCAAAGGAUAUGCGAGUUGCAGCAGAUUCGCUAGAAUCAUCGGAUUUGGAAUCACACUAUAUCGCCGUGCGAUCCAUGGAUAGUAUAAACGGACUUCACCAAAAGCACGGUUGUAUCUUAUCAACAUCUCCUCCUGAAGCAUUUAAACGAAUUCGAAAUGCUAGUUUACAACUUGACGAUGAAACAAAUGAGGAAGCUCGACUGUUCUCGCCUUUUACUGCGUUUCGUCUCUCACGCGAUCGUCGCUUACAAAUGUCUCACAAAACAAAUCUUUGCGAACAAUGUAGCGUUUUGUCAAAUGUAAUCUCAACCGUUCUGAUGCAUCAUAUGUCGUGGGUGGUAAGCGUUGCACCACCAUUACAUGCUCCAACUCAUAUUCAAGAGAGAAAUCCGCUUGUUGGAUCGAAUCACAACGAUGAAGCCCAUUGUAUGCCAUACAACGCACAAAUCGCCCAGUAUCUAGAGAUCAAUACUAGCGCGUGA